ACGGACUCCUAAAAUCUCCAGACGCUCCGAUUGAUGACCAUGUGAAUGAUCCAAAAUCGCCGGGUUUCGGUGUAACUUUAUCCACACAGGGAGACGAAACUGCCGGCCACUGAUGUAGAAAGACGUUGAAUCAGGGCGAUGUCUCUGGCUCAGAGGGUUUUGUUGACCUGGGUCUUCACCCUGGUCUUCCUCAUCAUGUUAGUUCUGAAGAUGGACGGAAAGGUGCAGUGGAACUGGUUCCUCAUCUUCCUCCCGGUCUGGGUAUUUGACGGCAUCCUCAUUCUCAUGCUUGCCAUCAAGAUGGCCGGCCGCUGCAAGCCCGGGUAUGACCCGCGCAACGGCUCCCCGGACCUGCGUCUGCGCGGCUGGUACCUGACGGCCAUGCUGCUCAAGCUGGGCUUCUUCCUGACGCUGUGCGCCAAGCUGGAGAAGCUGGCGGACGUAAAGCUGACGUUUGUGUGCAUUCCCCUGUGGACCGUGCUGCUGGGAGCGCUGGUGGAGCUGGGGAUGAAUAUCUUCCCUGAAAGGAGGGAGGCCUGAGGAGGUCGGAUGAUUACGUUAUCAUUAUGUUUUUCGGGAAAGGACGGAGGCUCGGAGAGGGAAUCAAGUCGUUGUUGCAGACGGCAGUGUUCGUCUUUAGAAUGAGAGACUUUGUGUAGGAAUAGAACUGCUAGGGUGGUCAGGCCUCGGUGGAGCGAUUCAGCUUCAGAGAGUCCGCUGUCGGUCCAUUCGUUUGAAUGUCUUUAAAAUGGCAACAAAAAAGGAAUACAAUGGCAGUAUUGUCUUUGUAAAAAACAAUUGCCAUAGGGGGAUAAACUGUAAAUGUAGAAGACUACUGUGAAUCAAACACUGGACAAAAUAAUAAGAUCCUCUGUGUGCAUUUCUUUUUAAAGAUGUUUCAUAAUGUUUGCUAGUGUUUAUUUUCACUGUAUGUAAGCCAGCAAACAUGCUUCAUUCCUCAACUGCGGACAUAAGUUGGGCAUAUAUUAUAUUUUUUAUUAUUUAAUUUUUAAGUUAUAAAUUAACUUGAGAAUUGCGGCCGCAGAAGGAAAUUGCUUCAUUUAGGUCAUUUAUGAAAUUGUUUACGGCAUAAAGCAUCUUGGGACAACUUAGGAUUUCUCCACAGGCGGCCCGUCAUGCUCUGUACAAGGGCUCUCUUGUACUAUGAAUAUAAUCAUGCGCUACAUGAAAAAUAACGCCGCUGUUACAACUAUUGGUACAAGAUUACUAGGAAAAAUGUCUUUACAUGCAUCACGACAAAGACCAUGUUCCUUCUGUAUAUUACGUUUAAUCAUUGGUGUUUAAACGUGCAUCAGAAUCCUUUAAUGUGCAGUUUCUAAUCUUAUUAUCCUUUCAUAUUAUGACUAUGGUACGGCUGACAUGGUGCAUGAGUAACAUUUGUUUUGUGCCAGUAUCUCAAAUGCAUUCUUGGCAUUGUUUUUGCACUGUUUUACAAAAAAGGUGAUUUGAGAUGGAAAGUGUUAAUGUACGUCUUGUAAAAAAAUAAAUGGAUUCAGUAUGUUGAA